AUGGAAGAAUACUGCGUAUAUCUUGAUGACCCAAAUCUGAACAAGCCAUUCUCACACAAAACAAACAAAGUGAACACAUGCAAGUACUCGCUGAUUUCAUUUGUCCCGCUUUGCACUCUGUUUCAAUUCAAACGUCUUGCCAACAUAUAUUUCCUGCUGACAGCUAUUGUGCAGUCAAUACCAAAUAUUUCUCCAAUUAGUCCAUUUACUGCAAUAGCGCCACUCUUAUUGGUGCUAAUUAUCGCAAUGAUAAAAGAAGCUAUUGAAGACUGAGUAACUUGGCUGUUAACAAAAAAAUUAAGAAUUAAUGAUUUUUCGUAUAAAAAUAUGGCAAAAAUUUGCUAUUUAAAGAUAAACAGAUUAUUAAUAUUACAAAAAAAUUUCGUUUAAAAUAGGAAAAUUAUGUUGUAAAGUCAAUUUUUAUAGGAAAAUUAUAGUAACUUUUAUAUAGAAACGCCGAAAAAAUGACCGACUGGUGAAUCACAGUAAGACUUCAAAGUGAAUUGACCAGGAUUGAGUAGAAGUCGAGUGAAAAGAUAUCACUCCCGGCGACAUCAUAAAAGUCCACGACUACGAAGAGUUUCCAGCUGAUUUGCUCAUCUUAACCUCAAGCAGCCAAAAGGGUGACUGCAAAAUCCAAACAGCAAAUCUCGACGGUGAACAAAAUUUAAAAACAAGGCAAGCCUUAACCGCCACAGUCGGGCUUUUUGAGACUGAAAAGCUUGUUACCCGUCAGGGCAGCAUAAAAAUCACUGUAAACCCACCUGACUACCGUCUUUCCACCUUUGCAGGGAAAAUUGAAAUAAAUGAUCAAAGCUAUUGACUCGACGCCAAGCAGCUUUUACUGAGAGGCUCAAACUUAAGGAACACCAGCUAUGUAAUUGGUCUUGUAGUCUACGCCGGGAUGAACACCAAAAUAAUGAUGAAUCAGCGACAUGCGCCUUUUAAAAGAAGCAAAUACGAAACUAUUAUGAACAACAUCGUCGUUAUUCAGCUCCUUAUACAGGUCGGACUGUGUGUUUUUGCCUGCAUUUCAGCGUCUUCAUUUGUGUCUGACCAUGAGGACGAAGACUACUUGUUCCAGGAUUAUGACACUUCUACAGGGAAAGUAAUAGUUUUGUCUUAUAUGAGCUAUUUUAUAUUGUUAAAUUCUCUGAUUCCGAUUUCUAUUAUUGUGACACUAGAGCUCGUCAAGUUCAUUGCAGCUUUUUUUAUACAGAUUGAUUUGAAAAUGUAUAGUGAGGAGCAAGACAGAUGUGCAAGGGUGUAUUCAUUGAAUAUUUUAGAAGAGCUAGGGAAUGUAGAUUAUGUGUUUUGUGAUAAAACUGGCACUUUGACUUCAAAUACAAUGGAGUUUAAAGGCUGUGCAAUUGGUGGGGCUGUAUAUGGUGAUUUUUCAGAUUCUCCGAAAAUUAUGACGAAAUUUGAAAUUAAUGAGGAAAUUAAGAGAAGUGAGAGUUUUUCGGUAAAUAAAGAAGAACACCUGGAUAGGUCUUUUAGCGUUUCCUAUACACCUAUAGGAAACCCUACUAGAGCAAUCAAAGGAAAUGACGUUUUGUGGAGCUUUGACGUGAGUGGGAUUAUAAGUGACCUAAAAAAAUCAGAUAGCAGCCAAUGUUUAGAAAUAAUCACAGAAACUGUUAGACUGACUAAUAUAUCUGAUUAUAUUGAUGAAUUUUUAACAGCACUACUAGUAUGCAAUGACGUGGUUUCUGAAUACAAAGAAGGCGACGAAAUCCAAUAUUUAGGCUCCAGUCCUGAUGAAGUCACAUUGGUAGAUGCCGCAAAAGAGAUUGGCUACGUCUUUUUAGAAAGAACUGCGGACUCUAUCUUGACGAAUUGCAAAGGGGAAAACAGGAUGUUUGAAAUUCUAGCGAUAAAUGAUUUUACUGCAGAAAGGAAAAGGAUGUCAGUCAUUGUAAGGCAUCCUAAAGAUUUUUCUAUAAGGUUGUAUAUAAAAGGAGCUGAUACUGUUAUUGAAGAAAGAUUGGACUACUCAGUCAACGAAAUCCCAUAUCUUGAUAAUACAAAAGCUGCAUUAAGCAAGUUUUGUAGAAAAGGAUUAAGGACGCUUUGUGUAGGUUUUAAAGUGAUUAAUGAAGAAGAUUUCCAAGAGUGGUUUGGGAAAUAUAAGACAGAAAAAUGCAGCUUUGGGGAAGCACAGGCACAGAACUUGGCAGCACUAGCAGAAGAAAUUGAACAGGAUAUUUUUUUGCUUGGUGCUACAGCUGUGGAGGAUAGGCUACAGAAAAGUGUCCCAAAAGCAAUCAAAGAGUUUACAGAUGCUAAUAUGAAGGUUUGGAUGUUGACUGGAGAUAAGGUGGAGACUGCUGAAAAUAUUGCAUAUGCUUGCAAUUUGCUGAACCAAAACUGGGCAACUUAUUAUAUUCUUAACCAAAAAGAAGAAGAUAUCGAAAAAUCCUUAGCCAAUAUCAAUAAAGAUAUUUCCCCCGGCCUAUUUCCUAGCUUUAAAACUCAACAAAACUCAAUUGCUUUAAUAAUAGAAGGCGACGCUUUAGCCACCUGUCUAAAACACCCUAACUUUUUCAGCCUCUGUCAAGCCAGCAAAUCUGUAAUCUGUUGCCGCUCAAACCCCAAGCAAAAAGCUGAAGUCGUGAAAUUCAUAAAAAUCCACCAGCCACAUGCAGUUACCCUAGCAAUUGGAGAUGGAGGAAACGACGUCUCCAUGAUCCAAGCCGCUCACAUAGGUAUAGGAAUUUUUGGCAAAGAAGGCCACCAAGCUGCAGACUGUAGCGAUUUCGCUAUUUGUGAAUUCCGACAUCUAAGGCAUCUUAUGUUUGUGCAUGGUAGGUGAAAUUUAAGGAGAAUAGGGUUUUACGUCCUUUAUUUUUUUUACAAAAAUAUUUCUUUCACAUUAGUACAGCUAUAUUUUGGCACUAGAAAUGGGUAUAGUGGACAAACAGUUUGGGAUGACUGAUAUUUAUUGCUAUUUAAUUCAGUUACCACAGCUGCUGGGAUUGUUAUGUACUCAUUGUGGGACCAAGAUGUAAAUUAUCGUAUAAAUCCUAGAAUCAAGAACUUUUGGCCUCAACUGUACUUGGAAACCAAGACUCAGCAGCCUCUAACUCUUGUAAAAUUCAUUAUUUGGCUACUAUAUGGUAUUUUUUGCAGCCUAGUUGUCUAUAUAAUCCCAAGCUGAAUUUACUAUAAACAAGCUAUGAAUGACUGAGGCGCAACUGAAGGUCACUGGGCUUUAAGUGUAUGCAUGUACACGUCAGUCGUCUGUAUAGUCAACUUUGUCCUCAUAAUUUAUAUGCAUUAUUGGACCUGGUUUCAGCAUUUUGUCAUAUGGGGUCUUGGCUUCAUCUUAUACUGCCCCACCUUUGUGUUUAUUUAUGACAAUGUUCCUGAUGCCUGGGUCUUCGCAAGCACAGCUGACUAUUUUUCAACCAUGAGCUUUUGGAGCGGGAUUAUUUUAUCGACUGGAAUUUGUGUUGUCCCUUUAUAUAUCGUCCAUUGCUAUAUGAAGCUUUAUCAUCCGACGUUGGCUGAUAAGCUGACUAAGAAUACUGAUAAAAUAGAGCCAAUUGAGGAAAACAAAAAAAAUGAAAAUGACGCCCUUAUUAUAGGGGUAGGAAAAAAUAGCCAAAGAUAAAUUACAGUCACUUUUAUAGGAAAAAUUAGUAUCUUUUACCGUUUGGAGUUUUUUUUUUAUGUCUACUGCUUAUUAUAGCACAGGAGUAUCCACAAGGCCACUUAAUAAUGGAGUUAAAGAGUAA